UGCGAGUUGCAGGGGGUGGAAGACAACAGGCUGAACUGCAUUGGUUUUGCAUUUGGCAGAAACUUUCUGAGACUCAGACAGACGAAGCAGGGUGGAAAGGAGGCGAGCGGGGAAAGGCUGCAAGCGAGCUGCGAGCCUCCAGGAUUUGGCAGGGAAAAAGGAAAGACAAAUUUGUUAGUGUGUUGAGCACAAGAACCAGGCCAGAGGCGUUUCUUAGUAAAACAGCGGAAGCCGGAGGGUGGGGUUGGGGUUUGUUGCUUUCCUGCGAGAGUGGGGCGGGCAAGCAUGGCGUCUGCAUUGCGGAGCAGCUUUGCACAGCUCUCGCUGAACUCUUCAGCCUUCCAUGGAAGCAGCAUUAAGCAGACCUCGAUCGCACAGCCUAGCGUGUCCUACAGCCCACUCACUGUCACCAAUGUGGCAAAGUCCUGGGAGAAGAAGAAGCUGAACAAGAAUGGAAACCCCAUCACACACAAGGUGCACGUCAAGGUCGGUGACACCGUGCAAGUGAUUGCUGGAAGCGACAAGGGGAAGGUCACCGAGAUCACUCGGAUCACUCGGUUCAAUAGCAUGGUCUUCUGUAAGGAUGUAAACAUCAAGACGAAGCACCAAAAGCCACGGGCCGAGGGGGAGACCGGUCAGAUUAUCACCUUCGAAGCCCCCAUUCAUAGUUCAAAUGUUGCGUUGUACUCUAAAACGGCUAGCACUAGGAGCCGAGUAGGGCAUAAGGUCUUGGACGACGGGAGGAAAGUGCGGUAUCUGAUCAAGACGGGCGAAGUUAUUGACCAGCCGUACCAGAAGCCAGUCAAGGAAGAGGCCUAACAUUCGAAUAUUCUCCUAAUAUUGACUGGCACCAUAGGGAUGACGAGCACGAAGCAAAAUCGUUUUCUGCUUCUUGCAUCUGAAAAAGGCUCAGUGAGUUCGGUAAGUUCAAUUUCCGCCUUCCAAUCAGUUGUAAAUCCCUACCCAAGCUUAUGAGUCGGGAUGCAUGCCGGGUGCACUUGACAGUUCACUGC